CAGUGUUCAUCACCGCUGCUGGAGUUCUAUCCAACAUUUGAACAAGGAGAAAGUUAAAUCAGCUCAUUCCAAAAGUAAGGAUGGCAGUUUGGGACAAAAACACCCUCUGGUGCUUUAUGUUACUGCUGGCAGCUGCUGUUGGUAUAGGAGUGAAUUAUCCAGGUCCAGUUUGUGGCGUGAAAGGGUCGACUGUCACUCUCCCCUGCACCUUCACACCUGCGACUGUCAAAGACAACGGAACAGAAGUUCAACUAAAAGUUACCAGAGUCGUCUGGUGUCAGAACCAUGAGAUCUGUCAUGGCAACACCCCAUCUGUCUACGACAGCGAGUCACGGAACAACGACCCUCGGUACAAAUACCUGGGAGACAAGAGCAGCACCUGCACCUUACAGAUCUCAGAUCUACAGGAGAAAGAUGACGCAACCUUUCGCUUCAGGGUGGAAGCUAAAGAUGGCAGAGGAAGUUUUACUGGCACAAACGGAGUGAAAGUCACAGUCAGCGAUGGGGAACAGAUGAAGAUAGACAGCUCCAGCAGUGAAACAGCGUUAGAACGAGGUGACACAGUGACGCUGCGCUGCUCUGCUCGCUGCACCUUCCACCAGCUGGAGGUCACCUGGUUCAGAGAUGGCCACGCCCUCCCAGAGACCGGCCCCGCCCUCCCGAUCGGCCCUCUGACUGCACAGCAUUCUGGGAACUACACCUGUGGGUUGAAGGGGAACGAGCUCUCGGUGUCCCGGCCGUUCGUCCUCCAGGUGGAGGAACGAGGAACUCCGACUGGAAACUCAAAGUGUGACACACAGCUGGUGGUCCGUCUGGUUCUCUUCUCUCUGCACACUGUGCUCAUCAUCACAGCAGCAGCCGUCGUCAUUAAAAGGACGUGUGUUUGGAGGAAAGCAGCAGCGAGCUGAAAGACGGAACAGACUUCAUGAAGGGACGUCUCAUAUCAUCAUCUGGAUCAUAUCUGCUCUAAUAUUGAUUAUUAUUCAGAUCACCAGAUUGAGUCUAUAUAUAAGUUUAUGCAGCUAAAGUCAGAAUAAUGUUGUUAACGCUGCUUUCUUCAGUUAAAAGUUUCAGUUCUUUAAGACGUUUUUUAAUAUUCUCAUGUCAUGAAACGCUGAUUAUGUGUCUUUAACAUGUUCAUACACUUUGUAAUGCCUUUGGGUCUUUUUAAAACUCUUUGUAGAAGUUUGUUGAAAGUCUUUUUUACAAAUAAACUUUCCGUGUGUGAUUGUAGCCAAUUAUUAGUUUAAGUUUUAUUUUGUAUUCACUAUGUCAUUAAUUAUGUCAGAAUGCUUUUAUUAUCUGUAGUGGUAGAAGGUAUAUUUUCUCAAGUACUGUAUUCAAGUAUAGUUUCUAAGUACUUUUACUUUAUUUACAUUUAUUCUAGUUGUAACUUCUACUACAUCUCAGAGGGAGAUAUUGUACUUUUCACUUCACUAGAUU